CUGGGUUUUCAUUCUCAGCCUCACCUACUAAUAAACCUGUGUUAAUUUCGGCAGCCAUUUUCUAGCACGAUGAAGGUUAACGUGGAAGUUAUCUCCACAGACACCAUCAAACCCUCUUCGUCCACCCCUGACCACCUCCGCCGCCACACUCUCUCCUUCAUUGAUCAAAUUACACCUUCCAUUUUCAUGCCUCUUGUUCUCUUUUACCAUAGAGAUGCCCGUGCAAAUAUCACCACCGAGGAACGCCAGGACUGGAUAAAGAAAUCCAUGUCCGAGGCCUUGACGCGAUUCUACCCGCUAGCAGGACGGGUUAAGGACAAUUUUCACGUUGAUUGCAACGACGAGGGCGUCCACUACGCGGAAGCCAAGGCCAACUGCAGUCUUUCCGAAUUUCUGGAGGAUCCAAACCCAGCUGAGAACAACAAGUUCUUGCCGUUUUCACUGGAAGAUGUCAAUGAACUAGCCUUAGCCAUCCAGUUCACCUCCUUCGACUGUGGUGGGAUCGCGAUCGGUUUCCUCUUCGCCCACAAGGUGGCGGAUGCUUCCUCAUUCUUCUUGUUCCUCAACAGUUUUGCUGCUAUUGCUCGUGGUAGUGGCGACAUAGCGACUCCGCGAUUCGAGGCCGCCGAGAUCUUCCCCCCGGAAACUUUUCUUAGCAGAAGUCCAAGCACGUGGGGGAUGGGGAUGAAAAAUAUUGUGAUAAAGAGAUUCGUCUUCGACGCGUCUGCUGUAGCCGCUAUAAGAGCCAAAUACAGCAGUAACGACCCGAACAUCGAAUACCCACGACCCACUCGCGUGGAGGCCUUGUCGGCUUUCAUAUAUAGCCGCUUCCUUGCCUCCACCCAACCAGAUGCGGAUCCCAAUAAGAUCUGCACCGUUUUUCACAUAGCGAACCUGCGUCCGAGGAUGGAGCCGCCGCUGUCGGAAAAUUAUUUUGGAAAUAUGAGCGUGUCGACAGCCUCUGUACUCUCCAGGGACGCCGAGGAUGGGUUCCGCAGCAUUGUUAUUCCGGUGCGAGAUGGCAUUAGGAAAGCCGACAUGAAUUACGUGAAAAGUUUCAGAGAGAGUGGUGGGCACUCGAGUUUUAUCAGAGAAAACGCGGAAAGAUUGAGGAAAGGAGAGGUGAUCUCGUUGGCCUUCACCAGCUUGUGCAGGUUUCCUGUCUUUGAAGCUGAUUUCGGAUGGGGGAAGCCUGUAUGGGCGGGCUCGGGUAGGUUGAUCUUCCCGAAUCUUGUUACUUUCUUUGACAGGAAGUCAGGGAGUGGAGUAGAGGUAUGGAUUAACUUGGAUGAGGAAGACAUGGCUAAAUUUGAAGUCGACAAGGAGCUCCUGGCUCAGGUUUCAUCGCCCAAAGUUUCUGCAGUUUAAAAUUUUAAGUGCAAGUAUGCCUGUGAAUCAUCUGGUAUUGAUUUCUCGUGUCUUUGAAGAAGUUUGGUCAGUCGAUGCAGUUGUUCCAAUAUGUUUCUUUUUUAUAGAUUUAAAGAAACUCCAGAAUAAUCUUUCAAGGAUAUAAUGUCUUUGAUAGGAUCUUUCAGAUCUUGGAGUCUGUUUGUUACGUUGUACUACUUGGGGUCCGUGGUCAGCCUCUCGAUCUCCUUAAUUGUAAUUUUUUUUAAUUGUAUUUUUUUUAUCUGUGUGUUCGUUUGUUGUGCAAUAAAGUCUUACCUAUCAAAAUAAAUAAAUUUUAGUACA